AUGGUUUACACGACAGCAUUCUAUCGGAGCCGAACUACUGCUUCUCCCACCGAUAAGGGAUUAACAGAAGAUUAUCUCCAACGCGAUCACCCGUAUGGGGCUGACCGAGAGCCGAGAUACGCCCGAGUUCAAUCCAGUUCGUUCAGAACCAAACAUAUGAACGAGGCAAUCAAAACACUCAUUCACUAUCAACAAUAUUAUCAUGAAUGCUUUGUCAAGAUAAAAUUAUGUGGAAAACCAGGUGAAAUCGAGCGAAGGAAUGAUGACGUAAAAACAAUCGUUAUGCAAUUAGAUCUAGAUCGAACCAAGACCUUGCAUGUGAUGUCUGUUGGAUGUGGAAAUGGAACCAAGGAUGAGCCAGUCAUAGACAACCUGCUGACUAAUUACCCAAAUAUCACGUACACGGCUGUUGAACCUGUCGCUGAUGAACUCACCAACUUCAAACAAUUGGUGAUAUCUAAAAAGGACACAUGGCGAAACGUUACGUUUGACUUCCAUGCUGCUACGAUUGAGGAGUUUUUACAGAAUGAGCAGGCUACGAAAUUUGGAAUGAUUUUCGCAGCACAGUCUGCAUAUCAUUUCAAAGAUGUGGAGCGUACAAUAUUAGACUUAUAUAACUGCUUGGUUACAGGUGGAAUACUAUUCACCAGGAUGGAUUGUGGAGGAUGGGCGAAGCUAUCUGAAAAAGUUGAUGAAUAUUACACAAUUCCUGAUCAUAACUCCAUUGGAGCCGACACCAUAGAAGAUAUAUUCAACCGUAUUAUUCCGAAUGUCAGAUAUCAAACUAAAGAAAGGGAAUUUUGGAUUGACGUCACAGAAUGUUUUGAUGAGGAAUCUCAACUUGGGAAAAUUGAGUUGUAUAGCAUGGGAUGGAAAGACAUUGAUUUAUCAAUGUUCAAAGUGGCUGCUGCACCUUAUGGUGGCCCCAUUGCACUGAUCAGAGAUGAUUCCAAGAGUAUGAGAACAACCUCUACAAAACCAAUGAUUUAUAUUUACUCAGCGUCUGGUAGACAUAUCUCGGAUAUUAGGUGGAAUAGUGGCCAUGUAAUCCACCUUGGCUGGUCAAGUAAUGAAGACUUACUCUGUGUUCAAGACGAUGGCAGUGUGCUGGUAUAUGAUAUAUUUGGAGUAUUCAAGAGAACAUUCAGCAUGGGACAGGAAGCCAAAGAUAUGAAAGUCUUAGACUGUCGUAUAUUUCGCAGUCACAGUGGCACAGGUUUAGCAAUUCUUACUAAUAGUUUUAAGUUGUUUGUGGUAAACAACAUAGAAGAACCUAGAAUUCGAAAAAUGGCAGAGGUGCCAGGAUUAAGUUGCCCUCCUAGUAGUUGGGCAGUUAUAUCUGAGGAUAGACAGUCACGUAUUCUACUAGCCAAGGAAUCUGAAUUAUAUUUACUGGACCAUGGUGGUCAGUACUCUCAGGAGGCGCCUCCAAUGACAGCUGAAGUGAACUCCUUUAUCGAGAUGUCAGUAUCAUUUAAUAAUAAAUAUCUUGCUCUUUUUACUGAUUCCGGUUUAUUUUGGAUUGGAUCAGCUGAUCUGCAGAAAGUCUACUGUGAAUUCAACACUAAAAGUCCUUCCAAACCACAGCAGUUAGUCUGGUGUGGUACCGGUGCUAUUGUUGCUUAUUGGGAAAACCUUUUAUUAAUGGUUGGUCCUGAUAAAGAUUGGGUCAAGUACAACAUGGACAGUACUGUGCAUUUAGUGCCUGAAUUGGAUGGACUCCGAAUAGUUGGAAGAUACACACAUGAUUUCCUGCAGAGGGUUCCUAAUAUGGUGGAGGAUGUUUUUAAAAUUGGUUCUAUGGCGCCAGGUGCUAUGCUUUAUGAAGCAUCUAGAGAAUUCCAGAAAGGGAGUCAGAAAGCAGAUGAGUAUAUACGGAUGAUAAAAGAUAAGCUACAGUUGGCUGUAGAACAAUGUAUUGUUGCUGCUGGAGCCGAAUAUGAACCCAACACACAGAGAAUGCUACUCAGGGCUGCCUCAUUUGGUAAAUGUUUUCUUAGCGAUAUGCGACCAGAGCCAUUCUUCAACAUGUGUCAAAUGUUACGAGUGCUCAAUGCCGUUCGAGAUUACAGAGUCGGUAUUCCAUUGACGUACUCUCAACUUGAACAUCUAAGGCUGGCUGUACUCAUAGACAGACUUAUUCUACGCCGUGAAUGGUGCCUUGCAAUUAGAAUAUGUAAAUACUUAAAGAUGGCAGAAUCUGAAGGUGAAAGCAGAAUCCUAGCACACUGGGCAUGCUAUAAGGUGCAGCAAACAAAUCGGGAUGAUGAACAGAUAGCCAGGGCUAUCCAAGGUAAACUAGGAGACACUCCAGGAAUCUCGUAUACUGAGAUUGCUGCCAAAGCAUCUGAGUGUGGUAGGACUGAGUUAGCUAUACGGCAAACUGAGGAACAAGUGAAGCUAAUGAGGUAUCAAAAGCGCUUGGAGGAAGAAUUACAGAAACCUUAUCUUGAUCUAUCACUACACGACACAAUGUUCCAGUUACUUUUACAUCGCAAUACUAAACUAGUUGAACAACUCAGAAAAGAAUUUAAAGUACCAGAUAAAAGGUAG